AGAGCCAGGGCGCCGCGGCCCGAUGGGGGUGAUCCAGGCUUUCCGGGACACGGAGCGCCACUUUCCUCUCUCUUGGCAGUAAGAGAGAGAGAGAAAGGGAGGGAAGUGGACUGCUCUCCCGCCGGGCCACUUUCCCAGUGCGAUUCCCGGAGCUCCCGGCAGGAGGUGACGGUCCCCUGCGGGGUCCGGAUGGCGUAGUUGCUGCAACUGCAAAGCUCGCCGCCUCCUGCGAGCCCUGGGCGGGGAGACUUGCCUCGGCUUCCCCUGCAGCCUGUGGAGGGUGGAUCGGCUCCGGACACGCAGCCUCCGAGGCAAUUAGAAAAUUGCAGAGAGGGAUUUUAAGGCCACUUGGGACUGGCCAAGCUUGCUUGUGACCUGAAGCAGCAGAGGCUGAGGUGACUAGAGUGGACUUGCUGUCGGAGAAAUGAUGACAUCCCACCAUGUGCUUGCCAUGUUUGCCCUGAUGAGCUCCUGUGUGGCCACUGCAGGUCUGGAGCCCAGGGCCCAGUGUGAACUGUCACCUAUCAAUGCCUCUCACCCUGUCCAGGCCUUGAUGGAGAGCUUCACCGUCCUGUCGGGCUGUGCCAGCAGAGGCACGACCGGGCUGCCACAGGAAGUUCAUGUCCUAAACCUCCGUGCUGCAGACCAGGGGCCAGGCCAACCACAGAGAGAGGUUACUCUACAUCUGAACCCCAUCUCCUCAGUUCACAUUCACCAUAAGCCUGUUGUGUUCCUGCUCAACUCCCCACAGCCCCUGAUGUGGCAUCUGAAGACAGAGAGACUAGCCACUGGAGUCUCUAGACUUUUCUUGGUGUCCGAGGGAUCUGUGGUCCAGUUUGUAUCACGAAACUUUUCCCUGACAGCAGAAACAGAAGAAAGGAACUUCCCCCAUGGAAAUGAGCAUCUACUGAAUUGGGCCCGAAAGGAGUAUGGAGCAGUUACCUCGUUCACGGAACUCAAGAUAGCAAGAAACAUCUACAUUAAAGUGGGGGAAGAUCAAGUUUUCCCUCCCACAUGCAACAUAGGGAAGAAUUUUCUCUCGCUCAAUUACCUUGCUGAGUACCUUCAACCCAAACCAGCUGAAGGGUGUGUGAUGUCUAGCCAGCCUCAGGAUAGAGAAGUGCACAUCAUUGAGUUAAUAACCCCCAAUUCGAACCCUUACAGUGCUUUCCAGGUGGAUAUAAUAAUUGACGUAAGACCUUCUCGAGAGGAUCCUGAGGUAGUCAAGAACUUAGUCCUGAUCUUGAAGUGCAAAAAGUCUGUCAACUGGGUGAUCAAAUCUUUUGACAUCAAGGGAAACCUGAAAGCUAUUGCUCCUAAUAGUAUUGGCUUUGGAAAAGAGAGCGAGAGAUCCAUGACAAUGACCAAAUCAGUAAGAGAUGACAUCCCUUCUACCCAAGAGAAUCUGAUGAAAUGGGCUUUGGACAAUGGCUACAAUCCUGUGACAUCAUACACGGUGGCUCCGGUGGCUAAUAGAUUUCACCUCCGGCUUGAGAACAAUGAGGAGAUGAGAGAUGAGGAAGUCCAUACCAUCCCUCCUGAGCUUCGGAUCCUGCUAGGUCCUGGCAACCUGCCUGCCUUGGAAAAUCCACCCUUCCUGGGAGGGGGAAGCCAAAAUGGAGGACUCCCUUUUCCUUUCCCGGGUAUCCCCAGGAGAGGUUGGAAGGAGGGAGAAGAUAGGAUCCCCCGGCCAAAGGACCCUGUCAUCCCCAGCAUUCAGCUGUUUCCUGGUCACAGAGAACCAGAAGAAGUACAGGGGAGCCGGGAUGUUUCUGUGUCUGUGAAAUGUGACAAUGAAAAGAUGAUCGUGGCUGUGGAAAAAGAUUCUUUCCAGCCCAGUGACGACUCAGGGAUAGAGCUUACCCUCUUGGAUCCUUCCUGCAAGGCUAAGAUGAAUGGCACUCACUUCGUUUUGGAGUCUCCUCUGAAUGGCUGUGGUACUCGGCACAGGCGGUCAGCCCCUGAUGGUGUGGUUUACUAUAACUCUAUUGUGAUACAGGUUUUAUCUCCUGGGGACAGCAGUGGUUGGCCAGAUGGUUAUGAAGACUUAGAAUCCGGUGACAAUGGAUUUCCAGGAGACAUGGAUGAAGGAGAAAUUGCCCCCUUGAGCCGACCUGAGAUUGUGAUGUUUAACUGCAGCUUGCGGCAGCUGAGGAAUCCCAGUGGCUUCCAGGACCAGCCCAAUGGAAAUAUCACCUUCAACAUGGAGCUGUACAACACUGACCUGUUUCUGGUGCCUGCCCCAGGGGUCUUCUCUGUGGCAGAGAAUGGACAUGUUUAUGUUGAGGUGUCUGUCACUAAGGCUGACCAAGAACUGGGAUUCGCCAUCCAAACAUGCUUUAUCUCUCCAUACUCAAACCCUGACAGAAUGUCUGAUUACACCAUCAUUGAGAACAUUUGUCCGAAAGAUGAAUCUGUGAAAUUUUACAGCACCCAGAAAGUUCACUUUCCAAUCCCGUAUGCCGAGGUGGAUAGGAAGCGGUUCAGCUUCGUCUUCAAGUCCGUGUUCAACACCUCAUUGCUUUUCCUGCAGUGUGAGCUGACGCUCUGCACCAAGAAGGAGAGGGACCCCCAGAAGCUGCCAAAGUGCGUGCCUCCUGAUGAAGCCUGCACCUCUCUGGAUGCCACCAUGAUCUGGGCCAUGAUGCAGAAUAAGAAGACGUUCACAAAGGCCCUGGCAGUGGUUCACCAAGCAGAUCAUAAAGAAAACAAUCCAAACACUAAGGAAUCGAAUCCAGUUCCUCCACCGAUUUUCCAUGGUCUGGACACUCUAACCGUGAUGGGCAUUGCGUUUGCAGCUUUUGUGAUUGGAGCACUCCUGACGGGGGCCUUGUGGUACAUCUAUUCACACACAGGGGAGACAGCCCGGAGACAGCAAGUCCCCACUUCACCACCAGCCUCGGAAAACAGCAGUGCGGCCCACAGCAUCGGCAGCACACAGAGCACGCCCUGCUCCAGCAGCAGCACAGCCUAGCCAAAACCAGCCACCACACCACUGCCAAGGGCAGGGCCGAAUGCCAGCGCUGCAUGCCCAGACUCGGAAGGCUUGAUUUGGGUUCCCCUGUAAAGAGAGAGUGAAUGUGAGCAUAAAGAUCACCUGUUGUAUUCACCCCUCACUACAGCCAAUAUAAACAUGACCCCUGGGCAUCUAUAACACACUAGGAUUCACAUGCAGAAGCUAAGCUGCUGGCCCUCUCCACCAGCCUCUCACUGGCUGGGGGUUUUCAAUGUGAAACAUAUGCCAGUUGUUUGUAAAUGCUGCUUUGUCCAGUGAGAACAUCCAUCAUUUGGGUUCCUUAGUUUUACCCAGAGUCAAGGAGAUGGUAAAUGGUUGAUAACCAGAGAAUAGAUCCAGUGGAUGUGGCCAAAGUUCUCUUCUAGAUCAACCAAGGUGUAAAAAGCAGUUGUUUGGGGCUUUUUAAGGCCCCUUCACAUCUACUCAGCUCUCUCUGGAUGUCUACUUCUGACCUGCCACACCAUGUGGGGUUCCGUGUGUGGCUUGCUGGGUGCUGCCCUGGGGGACUGCACCCUGUCACUUGUCAAAGCAACAUUCCUUUCUUGGGCCAAACUAAUGCUGAUUCCCUUGUCAGCUUCCUGUUUCUCUCCAGGCACACACACACCAGCUAUAAAAUGUCUUAAGGCAAACUAUAUUUCUUAUAGGCCAAUUGAAAUUGAAAGUGGCCAAAGUGUGUAACAGUGGAUUUGUGCCUAUUUCUGACAUUUUUGUCCUCAUAAAUUAACCUCUAAAUUGGGAGGAAGGGGUUCAAUGGUAAGCAGGGGACCUUGCAAGGUGAUGUGUGUAUGGGUAUAUAAGCACAAGUCUGUAAUGUCAUCUGGUACAUUAGAGACUCAUUUCCCUUUUAAAAACUAUUUUAUGCUUCCAAAGUUGGAACUUAUUCUUAAAUUAUUUGUGAUAGAAGUGAAUGUUUCCACUCAAAAAACACCAACCUUUCUAAUAAGCCCUUUUAUAAAAACCAAACUCUCAUAGAUGGAGACUCUGAUUCCAGUAGCUUAUCUGAAACAGUGUCACAAAUUCUGCCCAGACAGGGCAGAGAUAAGGAGAAGGGCAAUAACUGUAAUGGAUCUUAAACUCAAAAGCAUGUCAGGUGAAUGUCACUAAACAGAAUAAUAUGAAGCCACUCUGCAGAUAUAUCUAGUGCAGUGAUACCUCUAUGUUAAAACGGAGCCCCGAGGGGAAUCUGCAUGCAGAAUCAUUUUUGUGGAAGAUAGCUUUGCUGCAAAUUGAGCAUUAUCACUUCUAGAAUUCCCCCCCAAACAACUAAAGAUUCCCUAAGAAAAACAAGCUAGAGCCUAUCCCAAAAUACUCAUAAGCAAAUCUCACUAUCCUUAAAGGCACUUGCACCUGUUCCUCUCUGAAUGGAAGCUUCAGUAGAAAUGUAGCAAUUCAAAAUAUAGCAAGUAGAGAUAGUCAUUAUUGGUCACUGAGUAAAAGUCUGACAGAUGAGGUAGAUGUAGACAGCUAUUCUUGAUAGGUAAUACAUCAUUUAUUCAAUUGGGAUCAUUUAAACCAAAGCAGAUACCUUCAGGGCUGAGAGAUCUGGGCUGAUAUGUUGAAAAUACUUCAGAUUACCAUGUAUGAAAUGCAGAUGUGGGACUAGAGAAAUAUUUGUCUCUAGUUAAUUGAUUUUUAACAUAAAGGUAUCAUUGUGAGGACCUAGAUUACGCUACCUGUGUUUGAAAAUAAUGCGCUUUGCCUAACCUUCAGCAGAAUGUAUUUUAGCAUAUUCUAUGUAUAAAAAAUGUUUAAAGAUGUCUUCAAAGAAGACUAGAGUCUUUAAAUCACUUAUAGCUAUAUUUUACUACAAAAAUUUUGUAUAAAGAUAUAUUUAAAUGUUUUAGAUAAAUUUUAACUUACUCCAUAUGAAAUGUUUAAUUUCAGUUACUGUGAAUUCUUCUGAUCAGUUCUUUAAAAAAAAAAAAAAAAACCAAACCCUUUUCCAUCUUGAUAAAAUUAGCUAUGAGAAAGUAUUAAAAGAUUCAUUUCUUAGAUGGACAGGGUUAAAAAAGUUUUGUGAUAUAUUUAAAUGUAUAUUUUUGAGAGAGAUGCUACAUUGCCAAUGAUUUUAUAAAUAAUCUUAAAUUAAUUUACAAAUUUAUGAGAUGCAAAUCAAAGAUUUUUUAAAAAGAGAGAAAAAAAAUCACCUUUUAUUUCUUUGGGUCUCCUUGUCAGAGUAUUACUCAACUCAAGAAACCUGAUCCCAUCUUGGAGAAUGAAUGUCGUUAACUAUUUCUGAAAUAUUUCUAAAAAAAUUAACAUUAAAAAUAGUUGUUUCCUCCCUAGCCCACUAUUAACAGCAUUCUGAUCGCUUCUUCAUCCUUUAUGGAUUUAAUACAAAGUGCAAACUCUACUUUCUAGCAUGUUCUGCAAGUUCCCUUAAACUGUCAUUUCCUAGUUGAGCCCAGUUGUCUCUGCAAAAUCUUGAGGUGUCUCUGCAGGUGACACCCGUGAACUGCAGAGGCCAUUUUGUCUUGUUUGUUAAUAUUGAAGCUGUGCUAGAAUAUUCUAAAGUCCAAGGCAGACUAUCUGCAUAACAUCCCAGAGCUUUGCACCAUUGUGGUGUCCGCCAGCUGUUAACACUGCAUUUUCAAAAGUCAGAUUUGUCUUCUGCCCAAGCUGAUUCCUGCAGCAUUUUUUUUUUUUUUUCUAAACACAAAAUGGUCUUUUCCUUGUCUGGUAAUGAGAUUGUAAAUCCAUUUCCUGUGUGUAUUCUUGGCGGGCAUGACUGAAUGUGUAUGGGGUGCGCAGGCGCGUGCCCGUCUUUUUGUUCUGUAACUACCUCAUGGUUUUGAAUGAUGACUGUACUGGUGGUUGUGUUAACAGAGCGCAUUUUGUUGGGUGAGUCGUGUUUGCAACUUUUUUUCCCCUGUUCGUUUUAUCUUGGGGGUUGUUCAUGAAACUGACAGAUGUUUUUCUAAAAAAAGGACUAUUAUCAGUUUGCAAACACAAUACUUUUCUGGUUUUUCCUGAAUGAGCCUGAUUUUAUUACUGUUUUUUCAUCAUCUAUGAGGGUAAAAGAGUUCCCUGAAAAUCCUGUGGCCAGUUUGAACACCCCUGCUGUAACCUUUCUUCUGUGCAGUGAGUCGGCGUCUUUGUGAACAUGCUUAGAUGUAUAGUUUUGAUAACCACAGUUUUAAGUCCCUUAUCUGUGCAUAAUAAAAAGAUAUAUAUGUAUCAAUUAUUAA